AAAAGAACCUUUGUUAAUGUUUGCAGAAGGAGGAGGAAGAGGAGGAGGGGAGUCUCAGACUGACACCAACAAUGCAAAGGACAACACAGCUCUGUCUGCAGGGGGGGGGGUCACACUGCACAGUCUGGAGAGACGGGGUCACACUGCACAGUCUGCAGAGACGGGGGUACACUGCACAGUCUGCAGAGAAGGGGUACACUGCACAGUCUGCAGAGAAGGGGUACACUGCACAUUCUGCGGAAAAGAGGGUACAUUGCACAGUCUGCGGAGAAGGGGGUACACUGCACAGUCUGCGGAGAAAGGGGUACACUGCACAGUCUGCGGAGAAGGGGGUACACUGCACAGUCUGCGGAGAAGGGGGUACACUGCACAAUCUGCGGAGAAGGGGGUACAUUGCACAGUCUGCAGAGAAGGGGUACACUGCACAUUCUGCGGAAAAGAGGGUACAUUGCACAGUCUGCGGAGAAGGGGUACACUGCACAGUCUGCGGAGAAGGGGUACACUGCACAGUCUGCGGAGAAGGGGUACACUGCACAGUCUGCGGAGAAGGGGUACACUGCACAGUCUGCGGAGAAGGGGGUACACUGCACAAUCUGCGGAGAAGGGGGUACAUUGCACAGUCUGCAGAGAAGGGGUACACUGCACAGUCUGCAGAGAAGGGGUACACUGCACAGUCUGCGGAGAAGGGGGUACACUGCACAAUCUGCGGAGAAGGGGGUACAUUGCACAGUCUGCGGAGAAGGGGUACACUGCACAGUCUGCAGAGAAGGGGUACACUGCACAGUCUGCAGAGAAGGGGUACACUGCACAGUCUGCGGAGAAGGGGGUACACUGCACAGUCUGCGGAGAAGGGGUACACUGCACAGUCUGCGGAGAAGGGGUACACUGCACAGUCUGCGGAGAAGGGGUACACUGCACAGUCUGCAGAGAAGGGGUACACUGCACAGUCUGCGGAGAAGGGGUACACUGCACAGUCUGCGGAGAAGGGGGUACACUGCACAGUCUGCGGAGAAGGGGGUACACUGCACAAUCUGCGGAGAAGGGGGUACAUUGCACAGUCUGCAGAGAAGGGGUACACUGCACAGUCUGCAGAGAAGGGGUACACUGCACAGUCUGCGGAGAAGGGGGUACACUGCACAGUCUGCGGAGAAGGGGGUACACUGCACAAUCUGCGGAGAAGGGGGUACAUUGCACAGUCUGCAGAGAAGGGGUACACUGCACAGUCUGCGGAGAAGGGGGUACACUGCACAGUCUGCGGAGAAGGGGUUACACUGCACAGUCUGCGGAAAAGGGGGUACACUGCACAGUCUGCAGAGAAGGGGUACACUGCACAGUCUGCAGAGAAGGGGGAUACACCGCACAGUCUGUAGAGGAGAAGGGGAUACACCGCACAGUCUGUAGAGGAGAAGGGGAUACACCGCACAGUCUGUAGAGGAGAAGGGGAUACACCGCACAGUCUGUAGAGGAGAAGGGGAUACACCGCACAGUCUGUAGAGGAGAAGGGGAUACACCGCACAGUCUGUAGAGGAGAAGGGGAUACACCGCACAGUCUGUAGAGGAGAAGGGGAUACACCGCACAGUCUGUAGAGGAGAAGGGGAUACACCGCACAGUCUGUAGAGGAGAAGGGGGUACACCGCACAGU